AUGGCUUCUCCAGCUACGAUAAGGGGCAAGGAAGCCCCAACUAACGCACGCGGCAUUCCGUACGCACCGUUCGUCGACAAGGUCGAAGACUACGUGACGUCGCGCGCCGAGGUCGAAGGCACGCUGAAGAGCUUCCAGGAGAUGAUAUCCAAAUACCAAUUCAUGGAAGUAAACCAACAACGGCGCGCCUCAGGCCUCAAGGUCAAAAUACCCGACAUCCAAAAGACACUCGACGUCGUGCGCUUCCUCUCCUCGCGCGCCACCAAGAACAUCACCGCCCCACUAGAAACAACCUUUGAGCUCAACGACACCCUCUUCGCAAAGGCCAUCGUGCCGCCCACGGACGAGGUAUAUCUCUGGCUGGGCGCAAACGUCAUGCUCGCGUAUCCCAUCCGCGAGGCGGAGGAGCUGCUGGCGGAUAAGCUGCGGGUUGCAAAGGAGAGCUUGGCGAAUUGUGAUGAGGAUCAGGAUUUUCUCAGGGAGCAGAUUACGACCCUUGAAGUCGCGACAGCACGAGUGUACAACUGGGACGUCGCGCAACGGCGAAAGGAACGCAGCAGUGAGGCCGAGGGCGCCACGGGCGGCAAAGAAGGAGGAGACUCGAAGGGCUGA